AUGAAGCAGACGAAACUGAUGAUGAUAUAUCAGAAGAGAAGUUCGUCACUAGCUGAAAGGCCUCCCGCCGGCGGCAAGCUCGAGGAGAUGGCACUGUCUCAGUCGACCUCUUUCUCGACUUUCCAGACCCCGUCUCACGAAUAUCAAUUCGUCGGAACAUCUCAAAAUCCGAGAGCACUUACUUUUCCGACGAAGAAAACUCACAGAUACCCUUUGAUUUCGUCAUUUCGUACGGCGAGAAGCAAACCCUGGUCUCCUCUCCGGACCAUCAGCUGCGUCGCCCUCAACGGAGAUCUUUCGGAAGACGGAACCAGAGAUUCAACUUCUCUCCCCACUUCUACCUCGUCGGUUUUCGUGAAGGGUUUUCCGGAUUCAGUGAGCGAAGGGCGUUUAAGAAAGGUCUUCUCGGAGUUUGGAGAAGUUAGCAAUGUAAAAAUCAUCGCAAACGAAAGGACCCGGCAGUCUCUAGGAUACGGGUAUGUCUGGUUUAGCAGCAAUGAGGAUGCACAGUUGGCUGUGGAAGCCAUGAACGGAAAGGUAUAA